AAGAUGCUGGAUCAUACUGAUCUAAACCGAAGUUUGAUCGUGAAGGCAAUUUCUGGUUCAACAUCCAGUGUGGAUAAGAGUGGUGAUGAAAAGGAGGAUGAAGAAAAAUCUGAGAUGUAUAGUCAUAACAUGACAGAAGCUAUGGGCGCUGUUUUGACCUAUAGGCAUGAAUUAGGAAUGAAUUACAACUUCAUACGUCCGGAUUUGAUUGUGGGGUCAUGCCUACAGACUCCUGAAGAUGUUGACAAGCUCCGUAAAAUUGGGGUCAAAACCGUAUUUUGCUUACAACAAGAUCCAGAUUUGGAAUAUUUUGGUGUAGAUAUAAAGGCAAUUCGUGAAUAUGCUAAGGCAUGUGGUGAUAUUCAGCAUUUGCGCGCUCAGAUAAGAGACUUUGAUGCAUUUGAUUUAAGGAUGCGGCUUCCAGCUGUAGUUAGUAAACUAUACAAGGCCAUAAAGCGAAAUGGAGGAGUGACAUAUAUACAUUGCACUGCUGGUCUUGGAAGAGCUCCUGCUGUUGCAGUUGCAUACAUGUUCUGGGUUCAAGGCUAUGCACUCAAUGAAGCUUACAGUCUGCUGCUGAGCAAACGCUCAUGCUUCCCAAAGUUGGAUGCUAUCAAAAGUGCAACAGCUGAUAUUCUUACAGGGCUCAAGAAGAAGAUUGUGACUUUGGCGUGGAAAAAUGGCAAUUGCUCUACAGUAGAAGUUUCUGGACUUGAUAUUGGAUGGGGGCAGAGAGUACCUUUGAAGUUCGACUCAGUACAAGGUUUAUGGACUCUCAAGAGAGAAUUGCCGGAAGGGCGCUACGAGUACAAGUAUAUAAUUGAUGGAGAGUGGACAUGCAAUGACUUUGAGCUUGUUACAACUCCUAACGAUGAUGGCCAUGUGAACAAUUAUAUACAAGUUGUGGAUGAUGAUCCAAGCAAUGUCGCUGCAACAUUGAGAGAGCAGUUAACUAGUGAGGAUCCUGAUCUUACAACCGAUGAACGAGCGAAAAUAAGACAGUUCCUUGAAACUUGUCCUGAAGAUGAUGAAUAAAUUGCAAAUACAAGAGAAAGGAAGGUGUUGUCUUUCUAUGUAAAGUAAGAUGAUAGAAGAAUAACUACCAAGAAUAAUAUCUGUACCAUAUAUCAUCGUGAAAAUUUUGCAGCAGUCACUAAAUAUAAAUAAGCUGGCUUCUUUAAGCUUUUAUAUUUAACACCCA